GAAAAAAUAAUAAAACAACAAUUUGUGCUCAAAAAUGAGGAGCGCAAUAAUUUUACUGGCCCUAUGCGCCAUUGGCAUUUAUGCCGAAAGUGAUGAUAGUAUUGUGAGAACUGUUCGUGAGACCUUCAAUGGCUACGAUUAUCCACCACCGCAAAAUCCUUUUACGUAUCCACCACCAACCAAUAGGCCACCAACACCAGUCACAACUCGUAUUACAACCAAGGCACCAACUCCAACAACCACUAAGGCUACACCAAGAACAACCAGGACCACUAUCAGGACUGAAAAACCACCAGUAACAUAUUUGCCACCCCCAACUACACCUAAAAUAACUAAGAAGCCCACAACCCGUCCAGUUGUGAUAACUACACCACGUACCACCCGUCCACCAAUAAUAACAACAAAACGUCCCACACAGAGUACUCCCGGUUCCACCUAUUUGCCUCCCACAACUCCACGUGUUGUGAUAACCACUAAGCCAACAGUAACAGUUCCACCAACCAAUAGGCCACCAACACCAGUCACAACUCGUAUUACAACCAAGGCACCAACUCCAACACCCACAACGGCUACACCAAAAGUAACCAGGACCACUAUCAGGACUGAAAAACCACCAGUAACAUAUUUGCCACCCCCAACUACACCUAUAACAACUAAGAAGCCCACAACCCGCCCAGUUGUGAUAACUACACCACGUACCACCCGUCCACCAAUAGUAACAACAAAACGUCCCACACAGAGUACUCCCGGUUCCAAGUAUUUGCCUCCCACAACUCCACGUGUUGUGAUAACCACUAAGCCACCAGUAACACUUCCACCAACCAAUAGGCCACCAACACCAGUCACAACCCGUAUUACAACCAAGGCACCAACUCCAACACCCACUACGGCUACACCAAAAACGACCAGGACCACUAUCAGGACUGAAAAACCACCAGUAACAUAUUUGCCACCCCCAACUACACCUAAAAUAACAAAGAAGCCCACAACCCGUCCAGUUGUGAUAACUACACCACGUACCACCCGUCCACCAAUAAUAACAACAAAACGUCCCACACAGAGUACUCCCGGUUCCAAGUAUUUGCCUCCCACAACUCCACGUGUUGUGAUAACCACUAAGCCACCAGUAACAUUUCCACCAACCAAUAGGCCACCAACACCAGUCACAACCCGUAUUACAACCAAGGCGCCAACUCCAACACCCACUACGGCUACACCAAAAACGACCAGGACCACUAUCAGGACUGAAAAACCACCAGUAACAUAUUUGCCACCCCCAACUACACCUAAAAUAACUAAGAAGCCCACAACCCGUCCAGUUGUGAUAACUACACCACGUAUCACCCGUCCACCAAUAAUAACAACAAAACGUCCCACACAGAGUACUCCCGGUUCCACCUAUUUGCCUCCCACAUUUACAACUCCACGUGUUGUGAUAACCACUAAGCCACCAGUAACACCCCGUACUCCUGUAACCCGUAAGCCUGUGACCACACCCCCACCAACUAAUAGACCUCCAUCACCUGCUACACCUCGUCGUAUCAUAACUACACGUGCCCCACCAAAAACACCCAGUACUCCUGGUCCAACCUACUUGCCACCAGAGACUAAAACAACACCCAAGACCACACCCGUUACUACACCUAAACGAAUCACAACUCCUAAGAUCACAACAAAAACCACACCUAGAACAACACCUGCUACUAAACCAACACCAACACGUACUACUACCCCUGCAACUAAGCCACCAACAUCUUACCUUCCUCCAAUUACAACAACCAAGGUCACAACAACAUAUAAGCCUGUAACCACACCACCACCCACGAACAGACCACCAUCCCCAGCCACAACACCUGGACCAACCUAUUUGCCACCCAAAACUCCAGUUACCACUGUUAGACCACCAACUCCAGUUACAACACGUCCAACUACCGCCAAACCAACAACUAGACCUCCAACUAAACCUAUCACUACUACCACAACCCGUGCUACUACCAAGUCAACCACUAAGCCUACUACACCACGUACCCCGGUCACAACACCUGGACCAACCUAUCUUCCACCUGAAUCAACACCAAAGAUUAUAACAACUAAGCCCACCCCCCGUGUAAUCACCUCCCCGCCCAGUAAACCACCAACACCACGUGUAACACCUCGUGUUACCAAUCCACCAACCAAAUAUCUUCCUCCCUCAACCACCCCUAAACCCACAAACAGACCACCAACCCCAGUCACCACCCCGCCCACUAAACCACCAACACCACGUGUAACACCUCGUGUUACCAAUCCACCAACCACAUAUCUUCCUCCCCCAACCACCCCUAGACCCACAAACAGACCACCAUCCCCAGCCACAACACCUGGACCAACCUAUCUUCCACCUGAAUCAACACCAAAGAUUAUAACAACUAAGCCCACCCCCCGUGUAAUCACCUCCCCGCCCAGUAAACCUCUAACACCACGUGUAACACCUCGUGUUACCAAUCCACCAACCAAAUAUCUUCCUCCCUCAACCACCCCUAAACCCACAAACAGACCACCAACCCCAGUCACCACCCCGCCCACUAAACCACCAACACCACGUGUAACACCUCGUGUUACCAAUCCACCAACCAAAUAUCUUCCUCCCUCAACCACGCCUAAACCCACAAACAGACCACCAACCCCAGUCACCACCCCGCCCACUAAACCACCAACACCACGUGUAACACCUCGUGUUACCAAUCCACCAAACAAAUAUAUUCCUCCCGUAACACCUUCAUUCAAGGGCUACGAUUAUCCCAAACCCGGUAUUCCCUUCAACUUCUAA